GAAUGAGGACUCGGCCGGUUCCGCAAAUCAGAGCCGGUUUUUUGUGCAUGUAAUGUAGUGGAACUAUUACAGGACAUUGCCCCGAUCGUCAAGUUUGUGAAACCGGUUUUAUCUCAUCAUAAAUGGAGGUAAAAAAACGGAGCCUCCCAAACAGAGUGUCCCGAAAAGUGCCUCAACGCGGGUAGUCACGCGGCGUACGAACCGAGGAAUGAUACCGACACAGAUAGCGGAAGGUAUCUCCAAUAAAAUCUGAUUUCCAGUCACCACCCACGGCAGUUGGCGAAUUGCGACGGUCGCGUGCACAAGCGUGAAAUCGUUGCAGAGCCAGUUUGAAGCACACGUUGCCACAAUGAAGGGAGCACUAUUCCUUCUAGCUCUCGGGCUGUUGGUGGCACAUUUCCGUCCUACGAAGGGAGUCGAUUCAGCAAGUGAUGCAGCACCCGCCUGGGGAUACCGAUGUGUGGAUGAUCGAUGCGUAAAGACGGCAAUUUCCGAGAACUACCAGGUGGACAAGGCGGUUAGUUUUGCGGCAUGUCGUUUAAUGUGCGGAAAUGGUGCCGGCAUGCUGUGGCCCCAGCCGACCGGUGGCAUUACGAUCGGCACCGAUCUGGUACACAUCGAUCCGGAGCAGGUGGCGAUCGAUUGGAGUGAAAACACGCAACAACUGGCAUCGCUGUGGUUGACGGUUCGGGAAAGGUUCCACCGUCAGUUACUAGCAACAGCUCAGGGAGUGUCACUGCGAACGGGUGGCCGCAGCAUCCACAUCAAGAUGGAUGUACAAGAUAACUCCCUCGUGUUGAACCACUCAACGGACGAAAGUUACACUUUGAAGGUGGAAACGGCUACUAAUGGAUCGUUACUCGCCACGAUCACGGCGAAAACGUUCUUCGGUGGACGGCAUGGACUCGAAACGCUGGCUCAGUUUGUUCUGUUCGAUGAUAUUCGUAAGGAGCUGCAGAUGGUUGCCUCGCUCACGGUGUCAGAUGCACCUGCUUAUCCCCAUCGUGGACUGGCGCUUGAUACUUCACGUAACUUCGUAACGCUGGAUGGCCUGAAGCGUACGAUCGAUGCUAUGGCGAUGGUUAAGCUGAACGUGUUCCACUGGCAUAUUACGGAUUCACAGAGCUUCCCGUUGGUUAUACAAUCGAGACCAACUCUGCAUAGAUAUGGUGCCUACACACAGCGAGAAGUGUACACGGCCGAAGAGGUACGUAGCCUAGUGCAAUAUGCACUGGAGCGUGGUAUCCGGAUUAUACCGGAGCUGGAUGCUCCCGCGCACGUUGGCGAAGGCUGGGAGCAAUUGAAUGUAACGAGCUGCUUCAACUACCAACCGUGGGAGAACUACUGCGUCGAGCCACCGUGUGGCCAGCUUGAUCCUACCAAGGAUGCAGUAUACGACAUUCUGCAGGACAUUUAUCGGGAGAUGAACGACAUGUUCCACCGGUCCGAUCUGUUCCACAUGGGUGGCGAUGAGGUUUCGAUGCGUUGCUGGAAUGCCACUGAAAGCAUCCGGAAUUGGAUGAAGGUCCAAGAGUGGGGUCUUCAGGAAGCGGACUUUAUGAAACUCUGGAACUACUUCCAAACGGAGGCCCUACGCCGACUCGAUUCCACGCUGCCACCCGGUGAGAAGCGUCCGAUCGUAAUGUGGACGAGCAAGCUGACGGAAUCGCCUUACCUCGAGCAGUACCUGGACAAAGAUCGUUAUCUCAUACAGGUUUGGACGACUGGUAACGAUAGCAAGGUGAACAAUCUGCUCGAGAAAGGCUAUCGAUUGAUCAUCUCCAAUUAUGAUGCCCUUUAUCUGGACUGUGGCUUCGCGGGCUGGGUGACCGAUGGUAGUAACUGGUGCGCCCCAUACAUUGGCUGGCAGAAGGUGUACAACAACGACCUGAUGGCUAUCGGUGGGCCAUACGCCAAUCAGAUACUGGGUGCUGAAGCAGCCUUAUGGACGGAACAAUCCGAUAGCCAUACAUUGGACAAUCGUCUGUGGCCACGGUUGAGUGCACUGGGUGAGCGCUUGUGGAGCAAUCCCCGUACCGGUUGGCAGGCUGCAGAAGCUCGUAUGCUGCUACAUAGGGAACGAUUGAUCGGGGCACAGGUAGCCGCCAACAGCAUUCAACCGAAAUGGUGCCUACAGAACGAAGGCAACUGUCCCAUCGGUGGGGAUGGUGGUCGUUCUUGAAGUAGCAAUCUACAGCCUUUAAAUCUUUCUCAGAUCGUUCGUUCGUUUGUUGCAUUGGUACUCGUUAUGUGCGCACAUUUAUGCUGAUGGUUCCAAUAUACUCAUACAACACAAACUGUAAUUGGUUUAUGCUAAAAUAAAUAAUUACGAUUUUUUUGUUUACCAACAACAA